CCAUGGCGUCCCCGGCGCUGGCGGCGGCGCUGGCGGCGGCGGCGGGCCCCAACGCGAGCAGCGCCGGCGAGGGGGGCAGCGGCGGGGACGCCAACGCCUCGGGCGCCGCUCCGGGGGCCGCCUGGGGGCCGCCCCCGGGCCAGUACUCGGCGGGCGCCGUGGCGGGGCUGGCUGCUGUGGUGGGCUUUCUCAUCGUCUUCACCGUGGUGGGCAACGUGCUGGUGGUGAUCGCCGUGCUGACCAGUCGGGCGCUGCGUGCGCCACAGAACCUCUUCCUGGUGUCGCUGGCCUCGGCCGACAUCCUGGUGGCCACGCUGGUCAUGCCUUUCUCACUGGCCAACGAGCUCAUGGCCUACUGGUACUUCGGGCAAGUGUGGUGCGGCGUGUACCUGGCACUGGACGUGCUCUUCUGCACCUCGUCCAUCGUGCACCUGUGCGCCAUCAGCCUGGACCGCUACUGGUCGGUGACGCAGGCCGUCGAGUACAACCUGAAGCGCACACCGCGCCGCGUCAAGGCGACCAUCGUGGCCGUGUGGCUCAUCUCGGCCGUCAUCUCCUUCCCACCGCUCGUCUCGCUCUACCGCCAGCCCGACAGUGCCGCCUACCCGCAGUGCGGCCUCAACGACGAGACAUGGUACAUCCUGUCGUCCUGCAUCGGCUCCUUCUUCGCGCCCUGCCUCAUCAUGGGCCUGGUCUACGCGCGCAUCUACCGCGUGGCCAAGCUGCGCACGCGCACGCUCAGCGAGAAGCGCGCGCCCACGGGCCCCGACGGGGCGUCCCCAACCACUGAGAAUGGGCUGGGUGCUGCGGCGGGCGCGGGCGAGAACGGGCACUGCGCGCCCCCGCGCCGCCCGUGCGCGGACGUGGAUCCGGAGGACAGCAGCGCGGCGGCGGAGCGGCGGCGGCGCCGGGGUGCGCUGCGGCGGGGCGGGCGGCGGCGCGCUGCCGGGGAAGGGGGCGCGGGCGGCGCGGGCGGCGCCGACGUGGCGGCGCCCGGGCCGGGGCCAGGGGCGAGCGAUUCGGGCGCGCUGGCUGCCGCUAGGUCCCCAGGUCCCGGCGGGCGCCUCUCGCGCGCCAGCUCUCGCUCCGUCGAGUUCUUUUUGUCGCGCCGCCGCCGGGCGCGCAGCAGCGUUUGCCGCCGCAAGGUGGCCCAGGCGCGCGAGAAGCGCUUCACCUUCGUGCUGGCGGUGGUCAUGGGCGUGUUCGUGCUCUGCUGGUUCCCCUUCUUCUUCAGCUACAGCCUGUACGGCAUAUGCCGCGAGGCCUGCCAGGUGCCCGACCCGCUUUUCAAGUUCUUUUUCUGGAUCGGCUACUGCAACAGCUCGCUCAACCCGGUCAUCUACACCGUCUUUAACCAGGACUUCCGCCGUUCCUUUAAGCACAUCCUCUUCCGACGGAGGAGAAGGGGCUUCAGGCAGUGAGCCCGGCGCCGGUCUCGAGCAGACCCUGGACAGCUCCAGGCGGCGCCUUGGGAAGGCAUACCCGCACGCCACCCCAACCUCGCCAGGAGAAAGCGGGGGCAGCAGCUUCCCCCAGACCCAGAGAUGGAUUGACCUCUGGGACAUAGGGGAGGGUACCACAGGGCAGGAGUGUGGGCUAAGGGACGGCAGGGACCCCGGGGAGGGGGGGAGGAGAGAGGGGCAACCCCUCUGCCUUUCCAUCUCAGCAAAGGGCUGCUUUUGGGCCUUCGACCCGGAUCUGGCCCUGGGGGCCCCUGCAGAGGUGCGGCUGUGAGGUCAGAGUCUCAGACAGCAGAAGUGAAUGCAACCUCCCUAAGGGGCAAGAAAGGAGCCCGCCCCCCCCCCCCCCCAACACACACCGCUACCCAGAUCACCUCUGAGCAAGGGCUGACUUCCCCAGGACCGUGGGGGCGGCUGUCUUGGGGGAGGAAAGAGGCAGUGACAAUCUUUGGUUAUUGAAAGUAUUUAAAUGUUUGCCAAAAACGACAGCCAAAACAACCAAACUAUUUUCUAAAUAAACCUUUGUAAUCUAA